GGAAUAAACAGGACCAGCUGUCUAGAUGUUGGUCAUAUGAUGUGCCUUUUUUACUGCCUCUGCAAAAUUAAGGAAGAUUCGGUUUAACCGCUUUUAUUUUCAGUGCCACUAAAAAAAUAAGAGUUUUAAAAACAGUCAAGUACAGAAGGUGGAUUUUCUUCUUCAUCUGGCAAAAGUGGACUUGCAAUGAUGGCAGCACCGCUGGAACAGUAUCGAGAGAGAAUCCGGACCGAACUGGACAGAGUUGUGGAUUUCUGGCUGAAAUAUUCCCAUGACAAAGAACAUGGUGGAUUUUUUAACUGCCUUGGAAAAGAUGGGAAGGUCUAUGAUGAGCUGAAAUACGUGUGGUUACAGGGGAGACAGGUAUGGAUGUACAGCAAGCUGUAUCGUACAAUGGAAAGAUUUCACAAGCCUGAGAUUCUUGAGGCUGCUAAAUCAGGAGCUGCAUUUCUGCAGAAGUUUGCUCGAGUUCCGGCCUCCAGCGGCCCGGGGAAAUGUGCGUUCUGCCUGACGAGAGAUGGUCGAGCGGUGAAGGUUCAAAGGACGAUAUUCAGCGAGUGUUUUUAUGUGAUGGCCAUGGACGAGCUGUCCAGGAUUACAAAAGACAAAGAGAUGCAGGCAGAUGCUGAGAGCAUGAUGGAUCAGUUGGUAUUCUGGGUUCAGAAGGAUCCGUCAGGUCUUGGUCGUCCUCAGCUUCCUGGUGAUUUGCCUGUGAACAGUAUGGCAGUUCCCAUGAUGCUCCUGUGCCUGGUAGAUCAGCUGACAGAGGGUAGAACUGAUGUUGUGGAAAAGUACAAAGACCUCAGCGGGUGGUGUGUGGAACGGAUAUUACAGCACAUACAGAGAGAUGAAAAAGCCAUUUUGGAAAGUGUCACGUUGGAUGGAAAGGAACUUCCUGGAUGUCAAGGGCGGUUGCAGAACCCUGGGCACGCUCUGGAGGCCGGCUGGUUCCUGCUGCAGUAUGCGCUGACUAAAGGAGACGUGCAACUGCAGAAGACGGCGGUCGAUAAGUUCAUGGAGAUCCCGUUCCACACCGGAUGGGACAAACAACAUGGCGGUCUUUUCUAUUUCCUGGAUGUAGACGGUCAUUGUCCGACUCAGUUAGAAUGGAAUAUGAAGCUGUGGUGGCCUCACUGCGAAGCUCUGAUUGCCUACCUGAUGGCUUACAGUCACCUCAGAGAGAAUGUGUUACUGGACCGAUUCAAACUGAUCUACGACUACACCUUCAGACAUUUUUCUGAUGAAAAACAUGGCGAGUGGUUUGGAUAUCUGAGUCGUCAGGGAGAGGUUGUGCUGGAUUUCAAAGGAGGACCCUUCAAAGGGUUCUUCCAUGUUCCUCGGUGUCUCUACAUGUGUGAGAAGCUUCUGGAUGGUCUUCUUGAAAAGCAGGAUUCUUGAAUUUACAGUGAUAUUUUGCACUCCAUCACCAGAUGUGACAGGCAGUGUAAAUUACAUCCUUUGCAUGAAUAAUUACAGUUUUAAUUAUACCAAUACUUCCUGUCAAACUGUAUUACAGGUUCAUAGUUUUCAUGUGCCAUUAUUUUUUUCUAGCCAUUCGCGUAACAUAUAAGCGAAAAAGGGACCAUAGUUAUUAUUUCUAAGAUUAGUUAUGUUUAGAAUUAAGAUUAGAUUAGUUAUUUUUUAGCCAUGGCCAGUACUAUGUUCAGAGGUUGGGUAUAUCACUAAAGGGUUUUCUUGAUACAAUACAAAAAACAAUGUUCUCUAACUACUACUCUCUGAUGAUCAUGUGCUGCUCUUACGAGUGCCUUUGUUAAUCACUUUUAUAAUUCUGCACUCAUUAGUAGCUGAACCAUGUAAAGACAUUCCAACUGCUCUGAAUAAAUGUACAUUUACUGAAA